AAUUCAAGGCAAUCGUAACGUGAAGCGCACGCAAAACGCACCGAACUGUUGUCGCCGUGGUCGCUCCGUCAUUCGUAUAUUGUCGGCUAGUCGGUUAAUUUUGCAAUAGUUGAGGAAAACAUUGAACUGGUUUUUUAUUAGUACUCAAAGACUCUGAGUGCAAGUUUUCGUCUAAUUUAGGAAGUGCGUGACACCAAAGAUAGUUUUACUAGUAAUCCCAAAAUGCAUCAGCCAGCAGUCAUCAUUGCCGGAGCGCCGGCCGUCGGACCUGAAUCCACUACGCUGAUCUGCCCCUCGUGUCGGGCCCAGGUGAGGACACGCGUAGAGCACAACUCCACCACCAAGACGCACAUCAUUGCACUGCUGCUGUUCGUGUUCUGCUGCUGGCCGUGCAUUUGUGUGCCGUACUGUUGCAAUUCGUGCAAGAAUGCAGACCACUACUGUCCCAACUGCAACGCCUUCAUCGGAAGCCACCAGCACUGAUCGAAUUAAAAAAAAGAUUAACUAUACAGUAUGAAACGAUAAUUUUAUAAUAUCCAUGUUACCAAAUCGCACAACCCCGAGUGGCUAUGUACCUACAACUUCGAGAAAAAAAAAAGCAAAAACAAAAUAAAAUAAAUCAUUGUUGAGCAAUCGAGCUCAAAUGGCAUUAAUUGUAUCGAUACCGGAUUGCCAAUGUUA